AGAAAACCACGGCUCGAGCGUAAAGAUAGACAGAACUAUGGACCAGUGACAGGCGUAUUUUGUACAUAGAGAUUUAUUUUAUAUUUUUGUACCAACUAAUCUAAUCCUCCUCAUGGUUUCUUUAAAGGCUUAACGUGGAUGUAUGGCAGACUUUAACCAACAAGGUUGCUUUGAAACUACGGCAUUAUAAACAGAGAAGAUUUAUACUGGAUUCCAAGCUAUUGAUUGAUCGACCCAGCUUUAAGGUCAGUCUAGAGGACGGAAAUUCAGACAUACCGGCCAAGAUGCACGUCGAGAUUUCUGUAGCACUCAACUUCGUGAUAUCGUAUCUCUACAGCAAGUUACCGAGGCGACGAGUGGACUUGCUGGCAGAGGAACUGGAAAAAGGACUAAAGGGUAAAUUUGAAGGUCAUUGGUACCCUGACAAACCAAUCAAAGGGACAGGCUAUCGUUGUGUUAGGGUAAAUGGAGAAAAGGUAGAUCCAGUCAUCAUCAAAGCUAUCUAUGAAUGUGGCCUUGACCUUACCGAAGUACAGUCUUACCUUCCUGCUGAGCUGAUCCUGUGGAUUGACCCUUGCGAGGUCUCAUAUAAGAUCGGAGAAAAAGGACCCGUCAAAAUCCUGUAUAGCGAGCGACGCGACGAGGACAGCACUGAGAAGGCGGAUCGCGAAGUGCAGGCGGCGGCAGGAAGGAGCUUCAAUCCUGACGCUCAGUGCUUUAAACCUAUCGACAACUUGUCGUCAUCUUUUGGGAGCAUGAAUCUAUCACCUGGAGGACUGUCUCCUUCCUCACCCACGUCGUCCAAUGGCUGGCCAAACAGUGCCUCCACGUCGCCUUCGUGUGCCCUCUUCAAUUCAACAUCGUCCAUGGGAGGUGGUGUGUGCGGUGCUAAUGGCGGUACAGUCCCGUCCGCGCCCGCGACCACGUCCGCCAAAAGUCCACUGCCAGCUUACGUCCCCAAACAGGACAGGAUUCCCACACAAUUCACAGCCUCCACAUUUGCCCAAACAAAAUUCGGCUCAACAAAGCUUAAGACUCAGGCCAAACGACCAACACGUCUCUCCCCUACAGAGUUUGGUAACUACUUCCGCCAGAGGUCGGCUGCAGCACUUCAGACAGCUAGUUACAACUCUCCCCAGCGGCCACGGUCCCUUUCUCCUAGGGAUCCCCGGGUGGAGUUCUACAUUGACCAACAACAGAGGGUAUUUAUGACACAGCAACAACAACAUCAACAAAUUCAACAACUACAUCAUCAGCAACAGCAGCAACAGCAACAACAGCAUCAACAACAACAUCAACAUCAACAACAGCAACAUCAACAACAGCAGAUGCAGCAUGGAAAUCUGAGGUCACCCCAACACCACGCGGCUCCGUCAACCCUUUCCGGAGAUCUAUACCACAAUUCCUCACCAGUCACACAUCAUGUCCCGUCGUUCGGAAGUCUCGGGGAAUUACUUCCGGGACCACUUCCGUCUCCAGUUGGCUCUACAGCGGUAUCACCCGAGAGCCACAAGUCUUUCAUCGAAGGAUUGAACCUCAACACGGUAUCGUACUCGAGCCAAUAUCCCCACAUGUUACUAGCCAACUGAGUACCCGGCGUCGAGAAAAACUGUGUGAUAGACUUUGAUCCAGGAAUGCCAAAAUAUUUGGGCUACCGGAAGCGAAAGGCCAAGUUAUUGUUCUCUGUAACUAAGGAGAACAAGAGUUUAUUUUUAUGGAUACGUCAUAUACGAUUAGUGUAUUUAUUAUUUUUUAAACUGAUAUAGUUGUGUUAGUUGGAACAAGACAACCCACGUGUUAUAGCUUGUUCUAAACAAAGAUUUAUUGAAGACAAAACUGCAUAUUGGCUCGUUUCUAAUUCUAAAUUAGAAAAUAUUGACGACAGGAACCGUAUUCUGAGAGAGAAAAUUAACAUAUUAGUCCCUUUGGAUCAAUGCUGUUCUACAAAAGAAGAUAAUUUAUUUGCAUCACAAUAUUUUGUAAGCAGAAUCGAAAUCCGUGAGCCUUAUUUGGGAUGUGUGCUUCAACAAGGCUGUGUUUUAUGACGUCAUGGUUUCUGAAACGCACAUAGUGAUGACGUUAUGUGUUACCAAACACAUUGUAUUCGGAUCAGAUUAGGAGUUACUUAGAAAAGUGUGUUCCAAAGACCAAUGUGUUGCCACGUGAACAAUCAGGAGGAGGAAAUCGCUAACAUUGAUAUAUUGAUUAAAGUGUUUGUAUGACACUGUUGACGAUGAACACUGCCGGAUAUAAACUUGCUACUAUUUUUGUAUGUUUCCACACAAGACUGACGGUUAGAGGGAGCCGGAAUUACACGUUCGUUUUACAGUCACGUGAUAUACGUCCAUUAUUAGAUUAAGGAGGCUUUAUAAUACAUGUUUGUUACAUUAUGUCAAAAUCGAUCACCUAAAGGUAUUCACAUACUUCUGUAAAAUGUUCACCAGAUGGCGCCAGAUUCUGUAGCGAGGCUCCAUCUGGUAUUAUUGAUACUGUAUAUCCAUAGAGGUUGAAAAUCGCGAUGAAUUGUCUAAAAUAUUUACAAUUGUAUAUAAUAGAAAAGUUUAUAAGAUAAGGUAUUAUGUUAUUUGGUAAGAGGUAAACGCAUUUUUUUUUAAAUUUCAAAGCACAUUUCUAAAAUGAAAGCAUUUUCCACUAUUCAAUUCAAUUUUCAAAAUGACAAGCACACGUAUAAUUUUGGUUUGUUUUCUUAACGUGAGCCCAGGAGAAAUACCGAGCUGGUUUUCGAUCCCUAUGGUCGGCGAGAUGUAGUGUCAUAGAUCGAUGCGCGAGUUCUAAUGUCAAGGGGUCGGUAGGAGAAUUGUAGUGCAGGGGGGCGGUCGACGGUCAGAGGGCCGAAGUGUCGGAGUGCGUCGUCAGAGGGCGGUGUGCGGACUGAAACGUGAGAGGUCGGUCGACGAGUUGAAGUAUCGGAGAGCGCUCGAUUAGUUGUAGUGUCUAUAGGACGGUCGGCUACUAAAGUUUCAGAGGGCGGUCGACAACUUGUAGUGUAUGAGGGCGGUCGUUGAGUUGUAGUGCCAGAGGACGGGGAGGAAUUGUAGUCUGGUCGGCGUUCGGCAAGCUAUCCCUGUAGUGAGCUAGAAAGGGAGCACCAUUUCGUCCGUUACUGUAUCUCAUUAUCAUCCGAGUGAGAUUUACAUUGUCUCGCAUUUCUAUGUACAUAAUAUUUAUCUAGUCGACUUGUCGCAAUAUUUUAAUAUUUCCAUAAAAUAUCCAUCAAUAUGUGGAUGUCGGUCUAUAGUUGUAUAGAAAGAUAUAUAUACAUAUAUAUUCUUACUCUUCCUACAAUCACGUGUAUAUAUUUAUAUAACUGGGUAUGCAGGUGGUUUUCUGAUUGAUACAUCAAUUAAUAUAUCGUAUACAUCUAUAAUAUAUAUAUAUAUUACAUAUAUGAAAUAUAUAUCUUUUCUACGUUGUUUGAUGCGAGCAUAAAAUCGUACAUGUUUUUGUAAAGUAUAUUUUUAACUAUAAAUACGUAUAGUUAUUAUUUUAAGUUUUAUUUCAUCUAUCAACACAUUUUUAAUUUAAUAUUCACGAUCUUAUAUCAUUUUUUUCAUGAUAGGUACAUGUGCAAUACGGACGGGAACGAGAAAUAUCAUAGCUUAUUUAACAUUCAUACAGAGCUUCUCGUGCAUUAUGGGUGAACAGUUUUUAUCAGGGUUAGGUAAACGCUUUUUGAGGAGAGGGUUACCGCAAACACUUCAAUGACUUAGAUGUUCAUGUGAUAUGUGCGUUGAAUUUACUUUCAACGGGGCUUUUUGUACAAAGCAAUAGUAGAUAGUUUUGUAAUCAUGAAUAUUCAUUAGAAACAAUCAUGUCACGCAUGAAUCAAUUUCAUAUCCACUGUACCAGUCAUUUUGUAAUCAUAUUUUAUAGCGUUCGGAAAUCAUUCCAACUUUACGUGCGGAAUUGUAGAUUAUGUAAGUAUGUAUAUAUGUAAUUUGAUCGAUGAUCUUCAAUACGAAUGCUGAUUUGUACUGUAUACACUAUCAAUGUUGAAUUUCUAAGGAGCAUUGUCUCAGUUUGAUAAUUUUGUAUCUACCAUAAAAUCUGAUAUAAGAAUGCUAUCACGCUACCUUUCAGGCGGUCGGUUUUACAUACCUUGUGUCUUGCAGUUAAUUUGAGUAAAACUGGCUAAGGGCUGUUUCAAGUAUACAAGGGCCUGAAUUCAUAAAACAGCUAUCAUGCUCAAACUCUCACGAAUGUGAUCUCAAGCUCAAUUUAUAAUUCAAGUGAGGCAGUACUUUUUAAAAUUGAUUAAAAGAAAAAAAAACCAAAAAAAAAACCACAAUAAAAUAGGAAUAUAUAAUUGAUCCACACUAGAGGUUUUUUUUCGAUUUCAAACUGAUCAUCAACUUUAUCAGAAACAAAAUUUGUGAACACUCUACUUGAGUAAGAGACAAGUUUUAUGAUUACCGGCCCUAUUCUUAGCUUUUCUGCUUAAUAUGAAUGAUUAAAAUCGUUUUUCACUAAUUCCAGAAGCUACGUAUACCUAGCUGUAUUCAGUCAACUGGUUUUAUUAUUAUUAUAAUUUUAAGCAAAGCUUAAAUGUCAAUAUAUUUCAAUUACAACGCGCGAAAAAAAAAGUUAAAGAAUUAUUUUUGGUUUCAAGCUCACAAUUAUUAUGUGUGAAUUUACAUUUCCGUGAUUUUAUAAAUAGCAUUUGUUGACCGGAAAAUGUAAUCAUUAGACAAUACGGAAUGGCAUUCAUGACCUUAUAAUCUACACAUAUUGUAGCAUUAGAUCUACCAAUAAUCAGUGUCGUGCUGUACUUGGUAUACCGUACUGUGUUGGUGUAUUCAGGCCUGAAAGGGCCACACAUAGCUUAUUUUUUCCCAUUCAUUAUGAAGUUAGUAUAUUUGAAAUAAUACAAAACACACUCGAUAAAAUAUUACAUUUACCCGUUAACAAAAUUAUUCUAUAAUCUAUUUUCACCUUUCAAUGUAUCUGCUAAAACAUUAUUUUUUCAUCUUUGUUUACACAUUUUAUUAGAUUUGCCGAGGCAAUGAAAAACAACAACUGUUUGACAAAUUCUUAACAUGACAGGAUUAGCAGCUUCGAAUCCUUGACAAUCUGGAUAUAACGGAUUCAAAAAAAAAAAAAAAAAAAAGGAGGAAAGGAAAAAGUCCUUAAUUUUAAUUUUAGAGUUUUCAGAUUUUAAACAUGAUUAUAAAAUUUAGUAUCAUAUCCGUUUUCUAGACUUCUCGCUUAAAUUUUGAACGGAGGGUAGCGAAAGGUAGCAAAAUAACAACAGAUAUUAAUUACCUCGGUUUAAUCCCGUUGAUACGUCAGAAUUAAUCAGUAUUUGCUAGAUAGAAGCCACUAUUUUUUAAUUUGCUAUUACGAAAUAUCACUGUGUGUGAACGUCUAUAUUAUCCCAUGUUGCUGCGAGAUUUCACAAUACAGGAAAGGUCAAUGUCGUGUUAUUGGGAAGGUCUCAUGCUAUAGGAAUGGCGAAGUCUGUCGACCAUAUUGUAUAUUUCGUGUUAUCACGAAGAGAGUUUUCUAUUUGUUGGUACGAAGCGCUAACGUGUCCAACAAGUUAAUUAAUGGUGAAAGCCUCGUUGUCACGAUUAUGAAGAAUUCAAACAUUCCACGAACAGAAGAGAGAUUUAUAAUAUUUUGUAUAUUUUAACAGUUUUCUUUACCUCAACUAUCGGUUAAUUAAACUAGCCAGUGAAAUACAAUUCACCGCGAUCAUUGGUCAAUUUUAACACUCAAUGAAAUCAAAUUCACAGCGGUCAUUGGUUAAUUAUAACAGCCAAUGAAAAUAAAUUCACCACAACCAAUGAAAAUGGUUGUAAGAUCACCUUAUGUAUUCACGAGGUAUUGAUAGGAAGCGACGUUAUAUAUAGAAUAUAUAUAGAAGUAAACAUGUUGAUAAUUUUGUUGACAAUGUAUAUAAUAUACUUAUCGGGUAUAAACUGGUCAUGUGUGUCAGGCUAUAACAGGAAGAAGUAAUACUUUGACAAUAGUUGCCUAGUAACUGGUAUUUAGUGGCUGUUUCCAUCAGUUUCCGCAGCUCACGCACGUGUCAGUCAUUAUGCCCGACGGCGCUCGAUCAUGUCGAUAUUAGCUCUAACAGAUGAUCCAUCAUUUAUGCAUAUUUAUUCCCUAUUAUCAGUAACUUAGUCCCGACUACAUGUAUUUUUCCAUGGAAUGAUAAAUGUUCACAUGAUCCACUCCGAAUCCUCGACUGACUAUUGAGUUAUACCAACUUUGUACCUAAACGGAUUCUGUCUCAAAAUUGCAUUAUUCUCGUUAUAGAGCAUGAUUUAAUGUUAAUCAGUCUGAAGAGGUGUUUUUAACUCUACAGGUAGCUAGUGUACCUACUACACAGGUAAUAUGUUACCUGUACAGUCAUCGUAUCUAUACAGGUAGACAAUACAUCUGCUGCAGGUGUCAUUUUACUUGUACACAUAUCCAAACUUAAAUGUAUGUGAUACUUAGAGAAAAAUAUUUAUUUAUGUUACCAAGGGCAUCUAAAAGCGAAAUAUUAACUAAAGUUAAAUUCGUUAUAAUAAUAUAGUAUAAAUUAUGUGUAAGCUGGCUUAAACAGGAUAUGACCGUGCGGCGCAUGCGUACAAUCACUAAAUUCACCGGAAUGUUCUUCACGUUCGGAAAUGUCAGUCAUAUACUUCCUUAUCGUAAAACAAAUCUUUCCUCUUAUUCAAAAUUUACUAUCGCGCAUAAUGGUUAAUUUGUUUUUAUCGCGAACAAUUAUUUACUGUCGCGUAGAGUAGUAAAAAUCCAUGAUUAUCGCAAGCUAUUAUAUACUAGCGUCACUUUCCCGCUAGCCAUACCAUUUUAAUCGAUGAGAGUUUUAAUUGCCGUCGUCAGUUAUGGUGUCUUAAACAUCAAUUAUAAUGAUGAACUACUUCUCACAAUUACUCCUCUUUCGGUUAAUCAUAGCUAGUAAACAUUUACACUCGUAUAUCAAGACGAAAUCGUCAUUUUUAUUCUAGGAAGUGUAUGGCCGAAUCUUUCCCGGCACCGAUACGUUCCUCGCUCCAUGUAAAACAUGCGAACUGCUUAUCGGUACAUGUUAUUUAUGCCAGUAUGGCAAACAGUAGAAUCCGUAUCACACCUUUGAGCCAGCGGAUUGAAUUGCCAUGUAGUAUGAAUACGUUCCACAAAAGCAAAAUCUGUUAUGAGUUUUCAAAAAAGGCCUUGUAUGUUGAAUCUUGUACGGUUUAUAUUGCUACAUAUUUUUAAGUUUGUAAUAAAAUUUUUGGUAUUUCAAGU